AUGCAGCUAUUGACCUUUGCGGUACUGGUUUGGCUGAUGGAUAUCACCUCCGCACACGGCCGAGUUUCUCGAAUUACGUCAUCUUCCGGUGAUGUAUACGAAGGCUGGGACCCAGAGUCAUCGUCGUCACUCAUCCCACCGUCCCCACUCGCAGCUUGGUCCGCCGCAAACCUAGGCAACAUCUACGUUCCUCCCUCGCAGUUCAAUACCACCAAUAUCACAUGCCACUACAAUGCUGUGCCAGGCGCGCUUCAUAUCAACACCACGGCAGGCGACACGUUAAACCUACAUUGGAACGAAUGGCCAAAAUCACACGUCGGGCCGGUCCUCACAUAUCUCGCCGCGUGUAAUGGGAGUUGUACACAUGCACAAGAGGAGCUUGAAUGGGUCAAAAUUGACGAGGUCGCUUGGCUAAAUAGCACAGGCUGGAAGAUAAUGAAUCUGGGUGGAACAUGGGCGACGGACGUGCUCAUAGCAAACAACUUCACCUGGACUGCCAUGAUACCACCGGUACUCAAACCCGGAAAUUACGUCAUGCGACACGAGAUUAUUGCGCUACACACCGCACAGCAAUUGGACGGUGCACAGGCAUACCCGCAGUGUGUGAAUCUCCGUGUAUCUCAAAGGAACAUCACGACGAAGAGCUUGGUAGACGGGAUGCUAGGAAACAAGCUGUAUGGCAUGAAAGAUGAGGGUAUAUUGGUGGAUGUACAUAAGAAGAUUGCUGGAUAUAAGAUCCCAGGGCCGAAGCUUUGGGAGUACGCUAUGCCGAUACGGCAGCCCAACCAAUGA